AUGGGUGUCUUCCGUCCACGAGGCCGCAGCGACUCUCGCGUGUCCGGGCUACCUUUCCGCCGGUCUCCCUUUGUUGAUGAUGAGGCUCCAGAUGCGAUUGAGCCUCCUGUAGAGCAGGCCAACAAUGGUAGUCCUCCGAGAACACCUUUGGGGAUCGAGUCCCUUGUAUCUGGCGGGACAAGCCACAGGACGCCAAGUCGUUCCUUCUACCACCGAUCCUUCAACAGUACUGCAGAUCCCGCUCGUUAUUCGUCUCAAGGUCUUCGAGAACAAACCGCUGAACUGGCUUCUUACGCGCUCUCCCUGAAUGGAAGCUCAUUGCCUCAAGAACGAAAUACGCUGCCGCCGUCCCUCGAUAUCUUUCAUCCGAUCCAAGAUACAGAUCUCUCUUCAUCACCCGCAGACACUGUAGUCCCAAAGCCUCUAGACACCGAGCCCCCCAGUGGCCCUAUCGCUAGUUCAUCAGCCUUGACUGAGAUGAUCCGUAAACCUUCCGACACUUUGGACGGUGUCAAUGGCCGGGAUAGUGCUCCAAAGCUGAAUGAACUUGGUGAAGGUGAUGCUUCCGUAAGAAUCUCAGGCACGGCGCCCGGCACACGUGAAGCUCCUAGUACCGAACAGACAUCUUUACUACCUAAGUCACCACAUACGAAGCCCUUCCGUAGUUAUGGGAUCGCCGAAGAUGUUGAGAAUCAAGACACUAUUAGGGAACGCAAGCAGAAUGCAUUUCGUACAGCGCUUUCGAGCUGUAUGAUUUGCUUCCAAGGGCUCAUGCACCCAAAAUCAUGGAAUGGGCGGAAGGUCUGGGAACAAGGUGUCAUCUACCCUGUUAGUCUACUGCCUUCGGUAUUCCUAGGUCUCUUGCUCAACAUUCUUGACGCUCUAUCAUACGGAAUGAUUUUGUUCCCUCUGGGGGAGCCAAUAUUCUCUGACCUUGGGUCAGACGGUAUCUCCAUGUUUUACGUUAGCACCAUCAUCGCCCAACUGGUCUUCUCGUCUGGAGGGUCAAUAUUCCGCGGCGGAAUUGGUAGUGAGAUGAUAGAAGUUGUUCCGUUCUUCCACCAGAUGGCCUUCACAAUUCUGGCACGUGUAGGUCAGGACAACCCAAGGUCUGUCAUCGCAACUACUAUUCUAUCAUUCUCGGCCAGCUCGGUCUUAACAGGUUUGGUCUUCUUCUUGAUGGGAACUUGCAAACUAGGCUCCCUCAUCGGUUUCUUCCCAAGACAUAUCUUGAUCGGGUGUAUUGGUGGUGUGGGUUUUUUUCUCUUGAUGACGGGUGUCGAGGUUUCCGCUAGACUACCUGGAUCUCUCGAGUUUACUCUCCCUACUUUGGAGAAGCUUUCUCGUCCAGACACGGUACCCCUUUGGCUCGUACCAUUAUUACUUGCCAUUGGUCUCCUUGUUAUGAAGCGUUUCGUGCGCUCUAACUUUCUGGUUGGUGGCUAUUUCAUUGGCGUCGCAGUUAUAUUUUACAUCGUGAAGUUGAGUGCCAAGAUACCAAUGGAUACCUUACGCAAGAGUGGUUGGGUAUUUGAAGCACCAUCAUCUAAUAACCCGUGGUGGCACUUCUAUACACUCUAUGACUUCGCUGCCGUCGACUGGGCUGCCUUUCUUGAUACUAUCCCGGCGAUGUUUGCUCUUACUUUCUUUGGAGUACUUCAUGUUCCCAUCAACGUCCCAGCGCUAGGAAUAUCCACGGGCGAAGACAAUCUGAACGUUGACCGUGAGCUUAUGGCACAUGGUGUGACCAAUGCCCUGUCAGGUUUUUCUGGAAGUAUACAGAAUUAUCUCGUGUACACAAAUAGUUUACUUUUCAUCGAUAGUGGCGGAAAUUCACGUCUCGCAGGUAUUAUGCUUGCAGCCGCUACCUUGGGGAUUCUCCUUGUGGGGCCAGUAAUAGUCGGAUUUAUUCCAGUCAUGGUCGUGGGGGCUCUCAUUUUCUUACUGGGGAUUGAACUGAUGGAAGAAGCGCUAGUUGAUACGUGGGGAAAGUUACAGAGGCAUGAAUAUCUGACGGUCGUCAUCAUUGUCGUCACUAUGGGCGCUUGGGACUUCGUUGUUGGCAUAUUCGUCGGUAUUAUCCUAGCGUGCAAGAUUGCUGGCUCAACUGUCCGACGGCCUCCGAUCCAACAGCGAUUCUUAAGAGAAGCAGGACAGCAGACACUCAUUAUCAAGCUUGGGGGCUAUCUAUUUUUCGGAACCAUUGUCGAUGUCGAGAACACAAUGAGAGGGUUGAUUGAAGAGGAAGCUUUUAACAAACGUCCUAUUCGAUUUAUUAUUUUGGACUUCUCCCGUGUAUACGGCAUCGACUUCUCCGCAGCUGAAGCCUUCACCCGCAUCAAUCGCAUUCUGCGAAAGCGAAACGUGCUGAUGACCAUCUCAGGGCUGAACACCGGGGGAGAUGUCGGCAGAAGCCUUCAAAAUGUCGGGCUAUUCGAGUCAGGAACUAGCGUGCAGAUAUUCGAAGACUUCAACUCUGCACUUGAAUUCUGUGAGAAUGACUAUUUGAAGGUCUUCUACAGCCACCGCGAAGCGUUGCUCAAGAAGAAUGCGUCCUCGACGUUCCUAGAGGUACCUGGCUCACACAACCAGCGGCAUCUUCACGAAAGUAUCGUGGGCUCCCCUCGUCACCGGCAUCUCCAGCAAGCAGCUACUACGACCCUGCGCGAGGAUGAGACAGCCGUGGUGGCUCCGACAGCCUGGGCCUCCAUGCGACAGCCCUUACCACUCUUACUCCAGACAUUUCAGGGGUUAACUUCGCGCAACGAGGAUUUCUGGUUCCGGGCUUGCACAUAUUUUGUCCGUGACACCUACGCAGCUGGUACCGUAUUAUUCCAGGAGGGCGACGUUCCCAAUGGCUUCUACUUGCUUGAAUCCGGGAUGCUUCGUGCGGAAUAUGAGUUGCCACAGGGGCGGUAUUUCGAGCUGAUCGUAGCCGGACGGCCGUGCGGAGAAUUGCCGUUCUUCAGCGAAACCCGACGAACGGCCACAGUCAAGGCGGAACAAGAAUGUGUCGCCUGGCGUUUGACUACAGCCAAAUGGCGAGAUCUACGGGAGCGGGAGCCCGAAAUUGCCCGGGAACUGCUGACAGUCAGUCUGAAGCUGACCACUGAAAGAAUGGACAGUAUUACUUCUUAUGUUCUUACAAUGGCGGCUUAA